CAGCAACAUGGCCGUCGGUUAGUCGGUAUCGAACCGUCGUGUUGCGAGGAGGUGUUGUGUCGCUUCAAGAGUAAUAAAGGAGACUGAACUCUCCUUUGAAUUUCACCGAGCUAAGAGAAUCUCCUUGCUGAUGGCAUCUACGCUCGGACAUUUUAUGCCUGGUAACUUUCGGAAGAGGUGAAGGAAUCCCUUUAAUGAUCGAUUGAUAUACCUUCUUGACCUGGUCGACAGUUAUUAAUGCGAGAAAAUGGAUCCUGGUGCUGGCCAGGGUAAAAAGCAAAUCCGCGUGGGUUUCUAUGACAUCGAAGGGACCAUUGGCAAAGGGAACUUCGCCGUGGUCAAGUUAGCCAGGCAUCGAAUCACUAAAACCGAGGUUGCAAUAAAGAUAAUUGAUAAGACACAACUGGAUUCGACUAAUCUCGAGAAGGUAUAUCGCGAAGUGGAAAUCAUGAAACAACUGGAGCAUCCGCAUAUCGUUAAGCUAUAUCAGGUUAUGGAGACCAAAAAUAUGAUAUACAUGGUGUGCGAGUACGCUAGCAAGGGUGAAAUUUUUGAUUACAUAGCGCGUUACGGAAGAAUGGGAGAACCACGAGCGCGGUCUACUUUUGCUCAGAUACUAUCAGCUGUCGAAUACUGCCAUGCUACCGGAGUGGCACAUCGCGAUCUCAAAGCCGAGAAUCUCUUACUGGAUGCUCAGAUGAAUGUCAAGAUUGCAGAUUUUGGUUUUAGCAAUAGAUUCACACCCGGCGAACGUUUAAGCACGUGGUGCGGCAGUCCGCCGUACGCGGCGCCAGAAGUCUUUCGUGGGAAACAUUACGUCGGCCCAGAGAUCGACAUAUGGAGCUUAGGUGUAGUGCUUUAUGUACUAGUCUGCGGUGCAUUACCAUUUGAUGGAUCAACACUGCAAUCGUUACGCGAUCGAGUAUUAAGCGGCCGAUUUCGUAUCCCUUAUUUUAUGAGUACAGACUGCGAGAGUCUCAUACGGAAGAUGCUGGUUCUUGAACCUGGUAAGAGGUACACCAUUCCGCAGAUCAAGAGGCAUCGUUGGAUGGCUGGUUCUGCUGAUACGACAUGUGUUCCAGUAAUACCUAUGGUGACGUCUACCUUGCAAGAACCCAAUGAACAAAUUCUUAGGCUGAUGCACAGUCUUGGUAUUGACAUUAGUCGAACUAGAGAGUCUUUAAGGAACAACAGUUACGAUCAUCAUGCUGCAAUUUACUUUUUGCUACUGGAGAGGCUUAAGCAACAUCGUUCCAGCAACUCAACGAACAACAGUUGUUGGCCUACUGUUGCACGUACUAAAGAAGACAAGUUCAAUUCAAGAACCAGAGAGGAUGUUGGAAGAGCAGGAAAGAGAUUCAGCUCCACGAGCUCCUCCACCGAUGAAGGUUGUUGCAGUGCCGAAGGGGAACUCGAGGAAGGACCCAGUGGAGAUGAACUUCGUGAGGCUCAGAUAAAAUUGGAAGAGCACAGACUUGGAUUAGAUCGUGAUAUCAGUCAGAGAAUUGACAGUCAGAUAGUCAAUCGUAGACUGAGCGAUUAUCAACAGCAACACUUUGAUAGUCCCAUCAUGGAUCCAAUCGAUCCACCUGCUAGAACAGCGUUGUUCGCUACCGGUGGAAGCGGAAGUUCAUCCUCUUUAUUAUUCGAAUCGAGUUUCGAUUCGGGAUGCCCUCCGGAUUACACGGUUACCGGUUGUUUUACAAGCAGCCUGCCUUCAUGCACGCCGCCACCUCCCAAAAGCCCAUCCCCGGUAGCAACAAGGAUAUCAAGAGUGGCUCAAGGACGUAGAGCAUCUGAUGGCGGACCGAGGUUGCUGUUUUGUCAGCAAGGUGGUGGGGAUAGACCAGCCAAACAACGUAGCAUUCAAGAUUCAGGAAAGGCUAGAGGUCACAUGGAUCUCGUUCAUCUCAGACCACCCUCGACGUCGCCGCAAAGUCAACCGCAAUUUAAGGUCCGCGGUGACUCGGGGACUCAGCUGCAGCUUCUCGUUCAACAACGCAUGCUUCAGCAAAAGAGGAAUCUCUAUCAUAGACACAGAGGCGGUGGAAGUCCUACGCCAAAUCCGGUGUCCGGCGCUGUCACAAACAGACGUGGCGAACACGUACCACGGCAGGAUAGUUACAAGUUGGCGCAGAGGACGCAAAUCUUGCCGCCCUUGGUACAGGGACUCGGGGACGAGCAUUUCGAUAGGGAGCGUGAACGAGAAGAGGAACGAUGGAAAAGUCUACCGUCAAGAUUGGCAGCCGAUUGCCAAUUGGCUGAGAGAACGCUCCUAUGGAGUCAACAGGUCGGACUCGGUGGUGGUGCAUCUUAUCUACCUCCUGGGGGCGUAGGUGGUUUUUUGUGGCCUGCCGGGAGCAAUCCCCAUUCAACGAUAUUCGAAAACGCCGGAGAUCCCAUGGAAUGAACUGCCUCACGUUGUUCAUAGAAAUAUCACGGCUAAAUAACGUAGUAAUAACGUACAUACCAUUGAGAUUUGGAGCCCGUAAAAGCGAGACAAGACAGACAAUACGCUCGAUCGUCAACGGAAAUACUAAUGGAUAUCCAGGAAAAAAAAACCCCCCUUAUAUAAUCAUAUUCCCAGAAUGCAGUAUUAUUUGUCACUUGUCACAAACAAAUGAAGAAAUCUCUGUUAUGUUGCGUCUGUUGCUGCUAUUACGUUAUCGACAACGAAAUACCUCCUUGCUUCCUCGAUAAGGAUUUAUUUGACUAUUCUAUUUUUUUUUAAUGCGGAUUGCGUAGACUUUAACGUCACGCAUUGGCAACUGCUUCCUGCGAUAAUUAGCGACGGUGCUGAUAACAGAAAUGAAUACUGAUAACCAGAAAUAAGGAAUAGACGUCUUGUGAUUUUCAUGAUGAAGUAUUUAAAGAGAAGGACGUACGUCGCAUGUUUAACGAAUUGAGAUUUGUUGGUAAUUGCUGUUUGUUGUAUUGAUAAAAAAUUUAAAUUAUCCCUCUUAAUAGCACGACACAAAGAGUCCUUAUCGAUUUGGUAUCUAUUGUCUAGAUUUUUAUGUAUGCCUGUAAAUGUCUGGGGUAAUGUCCUACGUAAGUCCAACUAUACCACUGGCACUAUCGAAUCCAGUAACCAAUUUCAUCAUAGACUGAUAACAAAACCAAAGUGUAACACCAAAACAAUAAUCAUUAAGAAACAUGUGUGACGUAGGUCCUGGGACCUUUGUUAACUGUACUGUUGUCUCAUAUGUCACCUGGAUAUAUGAACGUAAAUUUUUUAACUGAAACAAGUCAAGUUCAGAUACUAAAAAAAAGUAUCCAAGUUAAACUUUAAUUUGUACUAUGUAGGAUAUUUUAUGUCCUUGUUAAUUUAGUUUACGUUUAGAAAGCAAUAUUCAAGAACGUACCACCUCCGGUAUGCCACAUUACAUGUAUUUACAUAUGAUAUAGGAUUUGUGAAACUGAAAUUAAUUACUGCCAAGGAAUCAUGACUAAUCAGAAAACCAGAGCGUGCUCAAAGAGAAAACUAGUCGCGAAAUCAUUUUCUAGUGAUUAAAUAGUAUUCUUGUGCGUCAAAGCUAGGAUGAAAAAAAAGUUACUCCCCACGAUGAUUAUAUAAAGCGAGUAGUGUAUAAGAAAAAUUAUGGGGUAUUUUAAAAGACGAUCGAUACAGGACGUGCGUCACGUGUGCUUUUUUUACACCCCAGAUCACCAAACAGCGGAAAGCUGUGAGAAUCGAAACAAGUCAAUUUACCUGAUUCUCAGAGCGACUAUUGAUUAUGAAUCUAUUGGUUGCAAUGUCAAAAUAGAAACUUGUUUGAUCCUCUUUCACUCUUUGUUACUUAAAGAAAAAGAAGGACAGCUAUUUAGGUAUUGAUAAUAACGAGGAUUGAUAUUAGCCGUAAACGUUAGAUGAGACGUGUGAGAAAACAAAAAUUGCAAGGAAGAAGUGCUGCACUAUAUAUUAUUGGCGGGUGGAUAUUAACAUUUGAAAUGUUUUUUAGAUGAGACCGGAAGUGUCUGUGUGGUACUAGUGUUUUUCGGUUGAAUGGUCUUUUGAAAAUUAAUAUUUUCCUAACGACGCAGUUGUAAACAUUGUCAAUUCGUUUCUAAUAGAAAACUACGGUUUUUCACGGGACACUUCAGGGCGCAAUUUGAUUGACGUCCUUUAAUGUUAAACGAAUUUUUAAUGGUGACAUUAUUGGUCUCGUGUUGCAGCACUUCUUUUUCGUGCUAUAGUUAAAUAUGUUUAGACUCUAGUCGAUAGGAAGCAAUACCGGCCGCGCACAACUGACAACGACUUUACUAUUCGAAUUCUCCGCCAUUUUUUACCCAAGAAACAAUCAAACUUCGCUCAAAGAAUUUUAAAGAAAUGUGAAACCUUUUGAUAAGCAAAUCAAUAGCUGUUAAGUUAGUCUAAUCACUGGGCGAAUCUCUCGUUCUCAAACAGGCAACACCACGUUAAAUCCAUGACGCAAUUUACAUACAAGUUGAUAGGAAUUGAGACCAAAGAAAUGAAUCGUGGUAUCAUUUGCAAUUGCAGAAUCCUUUUUAAUCAGUCAUUGCCCUUUCAGAAUGAUGGAUUCAAACGUACGUAAUAUGUAGGAAUCGUUUUAGAAAAACUGCUAACGUUUCUUUUACUAGCAAUAAAUUCGUUCUCUAUCCGUUGAUGAAGGGAGAUUUAAAAAACUGAGAGUGAAGAGUUGACGGCAAAGAUGAAAAGAAAAGCGUUCAAAGAUUCGUCCGUUACUUUGAGCAGGUAUUUUGUAAAGUAUUGUACGCGACAUGUACUUAUUGUUUUGCGAAGUGAGGUCUAACAUAGUCAAUAGCUACAGAUAUUUUGUUAGGGUAAUUAUUUGCUAUCGAGUAAAGACUGUCGCGCAAAUAUAACGAUGAGAAUUCGACGAUUAUCAUAUCAGUGGAAGAUAACGAGUGGCCAGUAAGAGACGGAUAGGGGAGGCAUUGUAUAUUUCAACAUUGUUUCACGAUUGUUUAACGAUUUUUCGUGAAAGUGCGUGGGAUACGAAGUUCUUAGAUUGGUCACUGGUAGUAAAUAUUUACCGUUUAUAUAAUAAUAGAAUGGUCACCAAUAUAAUAUACAAGCGCGCGUAGAGUGUAUUAAAUAAAGCAUAUACAAAUUA